GGUAAGGCGAUCAUCAGCCUGACAGGGCCGUACAUGAAGGCCCGUCCCCCAAGGUGGGGGUCUCUUUUUUGUCUUUCUUCUGUUCUGUCUGUGUCUGUGUGCUUAUUUUUGCCUGGAAGGCCAUGGAUUAACGAAGCGCUGGCCGCCAUGACGUUGGGUUUGGAGCAAGCUGGCUCGCUAUUCACUGGUUGGAUGCGAUCUUGCUUGUCAUGUUUGGUCCCUAACGAUGAUUGUCAGGGUAAUCAGACUGAAGGGCGUGGCGUCGAACGGGAUAUGACAGUAUGCCAUACUCAACCGCAUCUAGUUCCUCCCAUGAAACUGGUGGUAUACGAUGACCUCCCCAGCCCAACCAUACCCGGACAUCAGCAUCGGAACUCGUUGUCGUCGUGGAUCAAUGAAGGCAGGCACUUAGCUUCACGAGCCUCUACUCGCGCGAGCAUGUCCAUGAAGAGACAAUCGACGCCGUUGAAGGCGCCUUUAAAGAUCAGCGCGCCUUCGGACUUUCGCAGAGUGCAGUCCUUCCAGCCCUCUCGGUCGACAGCAUAUCAACCUUUAGAGCUCCGUAUACAUCGAUCAGGUAAUCGAUUAUCGGACCUACCUUCGUUCGAAUCCUUCCAGCUUAACGAUGGUCAUCGCAAGACACUGCCGGCACCCCCGCGUGCCUUAACAGUAUCGACCGGUGUACGAGAUCGACGCUGCCAAACGGCCUUCGUGGUAUCUCGCAAGCCAAUUGAGUCUAAGAAACGUCGCUCACUUGGAAACCUAGAGCCGUUGCUCGCCGAACAGCCGAUUCGCAUCACCAGUGCUCUGAUCCCUCACUUCUCGACGGUGACCCCUGUCGAGAUCUCUUUCAAGGAGGCGCAGGCGUCAUCUCCCCUCCACGGCGGAUCUAUAUCCGAAGGCAACGGCUUGACGCUGAACAACCCAUGGCCCAGCCAAGGAGACGACAGCGAGCCCUGGGCGAAAGCAUCGCAAACACCCAAUGCCUUCAAGGGAUUACCCGCAGGAUCAGCGGAGACAUCACCAUCAAAGUACUCUUCAAUAUUCAAAGACUCACUUUCAACAGCCAGCUCGCAAACAACACCAUCUCCAAUCUCAUCACUCCGUCGACCCUCCAUGCCAUUCCCAGAAACCAAAAGCAGAAUCAUAGAGUAUCCCUCUCUUUCAAACCGCGUUACUCAAUGGAUGCACCCUACAUCCACCGAGUCCACUCCUUCCCCCAAGCAAAUCCCCCCACCCGGGGAGUCCGACUUUACCUGGGAACGAACCCGCACACUGAGCGGCACGACCGUCGCAUCCACAACCACCACCAUCACCGGGGGUGGCGCAAGAGCCCGGAACAACAGCUCCAUCUCCAGUGUCUUCUCUAAUGCUAUAACACCUCGCACUUCAUUCCAAGGCCCUUCAGCGACAACGGACAAGGGUCUGGAAGCUGGGAUCUGUCACCCAACUAUAUUGGAGCAUCAGCGGCAGGAUCUUCCUUUCUCUGUUUACCACGACGAUGAACAUACGCGAUACCGCGAGACCGGUAUUGGAUUGGCUUUUUGA